AGGCAUUGCUGCAAUGCCACGAAUUAUGCAGAUGUAGCAAUGUGAAGUGUUCUCUCGAGGAACCCAGACACAUGACAAUCAGACCGGACAUUCGUUGAGAUCCGUCUGCAUUGCAAAUAGAGCAUGGGUAAAAUGGACCUAGUCAACAGUAAAGAUGACAAGUUACAAUCUUCGCAAACUGAGGAACUUCCAGAACCAAAAAUACUGUCCGACGAAACAGAUUACAAGAUGGCAAAACGACAGAAUCUAGGGUGUUUCUUUGUUGGUAGUGAUGGGCCGCGACACCGUGGUAACAGACUGCUUUCCAACUCAGAGCAGCUUCCUGACACUGAGCUACCACCCGAGGUGGAAGAAGGGAACAUAGAAUACAAACUGAAACUAGUGAACCCUAACCCUAGUCGUUUAGAACACCUGGUCACUCAAAUGAAGUGGAGACUCAGAGAAGGACAGGGGGAGGCAGUGUACGAGAUAGGGGUGUGUGAUAACGGGAAACUAGCUGGACUGUGUCGGGGUGAGAUGGACGCCAGUAUUGACACCCUCAGAACCAUGUCCAAACUGGCUGAUGCUGAGUGCAUAGUGUUAAAAGAGUUCAGUGUGAUGGACAGCGUUAACGCAAUCCCUCCUACACACAAACACCACCACCCAAAACCAAAGCUUGCCUGGGCUGAGUCUGAGGAUGGAAGUGACACGGUACCAUCUGUGCUGCCUUGUACGGAGAAAUACGUGUGUGAAGUUCUGAUAAGAAGAAGCCAAGAUGAGGAUUGUAUGUGGACGGAUCUCAGAGUAGCGAUGUUGGGUAACGUUGACGCGGGUAAGAGUACUCUAUGUGGGGUGCUGACACACGGCGAGCUGGAUAACGGAGCCGGUAAAGCUCGUCUCAACUUGUUCAGACAUCUCCACGAGAUUCAGAGCGGACACACCAGCAGUAUCAGUAGGGAGAUACUGGGCUUUGAUAAGCAGGGCCGGAUGUUCAACUACGAGAACCACAGUAUUGAGAGUAUUCUGGAUUGUUCUUCUAAGAUAAUCACCUUCAUUGAUCUGGCGGGUUCCCAGAAGUACCUGAAGACCACGGUGUUCGGGUUGACAGGGACACUGUCCUGAUUAUGCGGCCUUGGUCGUCAAUUCUAAACAAGGACUAGUUGGUACAUUUCGGGAGCACCUUGGUCUGACUGUUGCCCUGAGGGUCCUAUCCUUUGUGUGUAUCACUAAGAUAGACGGUACUGCUCCUGCUACUGUUAGAAGGUGCAGACAUCAGAUAGAGAGCAUCUUAAGAGGCCCCGCUGUGAGGAGACCAGCUUACGUAGUGACAACUCUCUCUGAGGCAGAGGAUGCUGCUCUCCAGAUACGA